AACUUUAGAGCCAGGUCUCACGUGUCCUGUGGGUACCAACACUAUUGAUCAUCCUGUUUCAGAAACACUGGCGAGGCGAGUACGGCUGAGCGCUCCACCAAUGGAUACUCUGAUAUCUUUUUCUUCUGCGUUUCUAUUGGUUCCUUGGUAAGGCGGCUGGUGUUGAGAGGCGGGAACGAGACACGGGCGCAUGUGCGGAUAAGCAUAAAAGAGGAUUUGAAACAAUGAGUGCUACUGUGAUGAUAAGGCUACUCCGUCUUAUGUGAGUUUAUACAUAUUGUUGUGCAACAGGCGAGGCUCUAUCACCGUACUUCCCUGCUCUAAAUGUUCUGUUCAUUUAUAUAAAAACAACGUACCACAAUUCUCUAUGGUUAAAUUAUAUAUGAUAAUUAUUUCGUUUAUAGAUUUUAUUUUAUUCUUUUUAUUAGAGAAAAGUAAAUUGUGAAUAUGUUAAAGGAAAGAAAGGGAAUUGGUGAAUGUUUAGUUACGGUGAUUUGCGCGAGAUGGUGAAUGAGUGGUGUGUGAGUUGGUGUCUCGGUGACUGUGUCGGACUGUCAGGUUCAGCUGAGCUCAGAGUGCCGUCGACCGUGGUAGUGGGUGGUUGCGCCGCCCUUCCUCACCACCUGUGGCUCUUGUUCUUACUCGCUUGAACCAAUUACGCCAUUAGAAUAUUACCUUAGAUAGAAGACCAAGCACUAAAUGGAAAAGAAUUACAAUCGGAAUAUUAUAAAAGGUUAAAAAAACAGUGAGCAUUUGAAAACGAAAUUUCCAGAGUUGUGUUUGUGGUGGAGGCUGUGAGGGUCAUCUGGGAGGAGAGAACCAGCAUCCUUGCCUGGCCUGAGCCGCCGGACCUGCUGCCUGCUGGUGCUGAAGAGGUCUCCGGCCACACUUCAGGAAACAUUCAGCAGGUGAGACGUGACGCUCGACCAAUCAGGGAGAAGUAGGUCGAUGGCGACUUGCUGGUCCUGGGAUUAAAGAUUUGCUUUUAAAGGUGGUGGCGGUGACCUCCCCGCCUGGUGACUGGUGACGGCGGCGUGGACGUGACCCGUGGCAUGCCCAUGGUGUGUGUGGGUAGUGGGCAGUGAGGGAGUCAGGUGCCCCACAGCAUGGUGGCCGCCGGGGGUGUAAUAGCAGUACACUAGAGGCCGUAGGACAGCACCAAGAUGGCUGAGGAUGGUGGUGCGAGACGACCUUCCAUCGCUACCAUCUUCAACCCUCGUCGUGGGCGUGGGUCGGCGCCCUCCCGCCCCUCAGUGGUGGUGACGGAUGAAGACUCCCCCGGGCCGCCCCUCCAGCUCUCUAACGGGUCUGGGUUGCGAGUGGGGUCUGCGGGGCUGAGUGGCAGCAGCACCACGCCCGUCGGCAGUCCCUCCAUCAACCUGGGCUCUCCCGGCCCUCCAGCAGAUGUCGAGGGGUCGGUGACGGAGAGCCCUCGAGACACUCCCCCCUCUAAGUGCUGCAGAUUUAGGAAGGCUGUGUUCUCUAAGACUACCAGAAAGAUCGUGGUGGGAUGGGUAGUGACCUGCUGUGUGACCACCUCCUGGGUUGGGGCGACGCAUCUCAUCAAGGAUAUGUUUCUACGUACGGCGUCAGUCCCAACCACCCUCACCACGCCCCUCGCGAACACCACCACCAGUAGCCCCCCUUACACUGAGGCCGUUCAAAGAGAAGUGUUCGAUGCCCCCUUCUUCACGACGUGGUUCUGCACGGCGUGGACGGGGCUUUUCUUCCCGCUCUACCUGGCGUGUCACUCUUGCCUUCGUCGGGAUAAAGCCUCACUUCGACUUACACUCAAGACUAUUGCCCACAACUUCCGGGAUCGAGGUGUGACAUUUAGUAAGUUCAUGACCAGAUGCUGCCUCUUCUGCCUCCUCUGGGUGGUCACCAACUACAUGUACGUGUACUCACUGCGCAUCCUCGACUGUACGGACGUGAUGGCUCUCUACUCCGCCCACGUCUCCUUCGUGUACCUCCUGUCCUGGGUCAUCCUACACGACCAGUUUGUGGGCGUCAGGAUCGUGGCAGUCAUCAUGUGUAAUACAGGCAUCGCUCUCCUCGCCUACAUGGACGGCAUCACGCGUACCAAGACCUUAGGCGGUGUGGUAUUGGCUGCUGCCUCGGCUGCUGGGUCUGCUGUGUAUAAGGUGCUCUUCAAGAAGGUCAUAGGUGAGGCGAGUUUCGGACAAGUCAGCCUCAUCUUCACAGUCAUCGCGCUGCUCAACACUAUACUGCUGAGUCCUCUGGUGGCCGCCUUCUACUUCAGCGGCUACGAGACGGUCCUGUGGAGUCACCUACCUUGGCCUAAUUUGCUGGUGGCUGCUGCACUUUCACUAGCUGCUAACUUGCUGGGGAACUUCGGCAUAGCGUUCACCUUCGAGAUAUUUAUCACACUUGGCCUCGUCCUCGCUGUACCCGUGUCUGCAGCCUUGGACAUCAAGUGGUAUGGCGUCAAAUUUGAGGGCAUGAAGCUGGCUGGUGUGGUGCUAAUCAUGUGUGGGUUCUUCCUGGUUCUCUUCCCUGCCAACUGGCCCGAGUACAUCACCAAGGUCCUCCGUUGGGGCCGGCAUAGAAAACGGAACCAGCCCCGUCAGCAGCCAGAACCCGUCGACUACCGCACUGGUCUCAUCUCUCGCUCCCACCUCCGCUCCCCCUCAGGACUAAUACGAUGAUCUGUUUGGCUAAGGAAAAUAUUAUUUACUUUUUUGUAUUAUUUAGAUACAGUAUAUUAGGACUAAUACAAUGAUCUGAUUGGCUAAGGAAUACAUUAAUUACUUUUUUGUGUGAUUUAAUUAAAGUAUGUUAGUUUGUCUUAGUCUGACAUCAAAUAACUAAUAUAGUGCUAUUAUUACAACAGUAGACACAAAAACUAAUUGGGUUAUGGGUUCAGAACUAUGGAAAUGUACAUCCAUUUUCUGUAUUUAAAAACAGCUAAAAUAAUUAAUUACAAAGUGAUAUCUCCGUUACCUGGAGUAAUUGGUGCAGAGCUCUUCCAGGAUGAGAAAUUUCUGGGUAACAAGAUAACUCUCAAACCCAGUAAAAUCACACAUAUCCAGAGUUUUUCCGGUUACUGGGAAGUUUCCAGAAAUUGUGCUUUAUUAACCUUGGAAUUUGUUCCCAGAACAAAACAUUUUGGAGAGAGAUUCUGGAGUUUUCAGAAUUACACAUUGCACACUUGCUCACAGACCAGGAAAAAAAUUGGAGAAAUUUAAUUUUGGAAUUCUAAAAAAAAUGUGCUUGAUUUUAACCUUUCAAUUUACUCCCAGGCCCUGGAAAGAAAUUUUUGGGAGAGAUUUUCUAGAAUUUUCUCAGAAAAGGCACUUCAUUUUCAACCUCGGAAACUCGUUCACAGUUUUCUUGGAAAAAUUCUGAGCCAAUUUCAAUUCCGGGUAUUGGAGAGUUCCGGCUAACAGGGAUUCCAGCCAAUGGAGAUUAUUACACUUCUGUAGUUAACUAAAUAUGCAUAAUGAUAUUGAAUAAUUGUAUACCCCUGGCUAGAUUAUUUUUGUUAGUGGUGAAAUUUUAGAUACAGUACGUAUAUUAUUUUCUGAUCUGUCAGAAUUAUAUAUUUCAUAAUAUUUGAAUUAUUUUCUUAAAUAAGUAUUAUAUAGUGCUGCCCCUAUAGUGCAUAAUCAUCUUAAACAUAUAUGCAGUUAAAAGUGAGACAUAUUAAAAUAUUUUUGAAAAUUGCUUCUGCUAAUUAAUAUGGCUAGAGAAUACUGUAUGCUAAAAUACGUAUUGACUUUUUGAGAUUAUCAGAAAUAUCAGUCAAAAAUUAUUUGGCAAUAUAGAGAACUGCCAAAAGAGAUUAAGGAUAUUAUUUUUAUAGUCAAAUUAUCAACCUGACUUUUAUAUACAUUUUGCAAUUAACACAUUUAGUGGAUGUCAUGAGGAUUAGGAAGGAACCUGUGUUUAUUCACCCGAUGAAUAAUACCUUAAUGCUAACCCAACCCAACCUCAUAUUAAACAUUACGGUGUUUAAUCAUCAGGUGAAAUAAGCUGGGGUUCCUAAGUUUCCUAGAUCCCAUUUGGCUACCAUAUGUCUACCAGUAGAAAUAUUCUUACAUAACAAAAUUCACUGAAAUGUAAUUUCUUUUUUUCUUAAUAUAAUGCACUAAACCUCGACUCGUAUCAUUAUUCAAAUUUUCUCUUUUAACAAUUUGUGGGAAAUAGUAUGAAUGUUGUUUUAGUUUGAACUCAUAAAUCAUCAGAAAUAUGACAAAUCCUUUUGAUUAUGCACUGGUAAACCUAGCAUCAAAUUUCGACUGAAUAAUACCAGUACAUUCCAUUACUGUAUAUGAGGUAAAGAUUUUGUUCUUUAAUUGUGUUCUGGUUAAUGUUGGUUGUUGCCACAUAAGGAGAAAGACAUUCGGACAGUAACAGCUGGCACAGUAUGGUAAUUUUUCAGGAUAUAGUUAUGUAUGAUGAGGAUGAUUCAAUCACUGGUAGUCUUAGAGUAUUGCCGAUAUAUCUGUUCUCUCUCUCUCUCUCUCUCUCUCUCUCUCUCUCUCUCUCUCUCUCUCUCUCUCACUCUCUCUCUCUCUCUCUUUUUCAUUGUCUAGCAGAUAUGAGUUAAAUCAGCAUAACACCAAGGCUACCAGCGAGUAACUCACUCUCUAUAACACUACAUAAUGAACUUUGGAAUGUUAUGCAUGAUUACAUUAGUGAAAGUAUGAUUAUUCUAUUCCAUAAUUGCUGUUUUCUUAUGACUGAGUAAAAUUACCUCUCUCUCUGUGUUGCAUAGUAAAAGUUUUAACUCUUUUUGGCCAGUUUAACUGUAAUUGGUACUUUAGAAUCACUUAAUGCAAGUCUUAUGUUUAUAAUAAAUACAAUCACUUCCUACUACUGUAAUGACAAUUAUUUUUGCAUAUUUUAUAUUGUAUAUAUAUAUAUAUAUAUGAAAAACUCCAUUCAUGUGUUCAGUGAUGCUGCAGUGAUAUCAUUGACCUCUGGAUUCAAACCCUCUUUAUCAUAUCCCAUUGUACCAUCUUUCACACAAUAAACUGCAUUGGGUUUGGAUGUUUAUAUUUUAACAAGCAUGUUAAGCACACUGAGUCUCGGGGCAUUAUACCAUCCACAGUUUGGCCAGCAGUUCAUAUGAGAUAUUAUUACAGAUAUGACAUGAUAUAAGUUCAGCAAGUAUUUUAUUCCACUAACAUUACUCAUUCAUUACUUUUUAUCUAUUGAAAUAAUUAGUAUGGACAAUGACGUUAUAUUGUUAUAAUGUUAAUGCAUUACUGCACUGAAUGCAUUAAUUGACACAGGUUUUAACCCCCUGUGUAUGGGAUACCCUACGAGCUGAAUAGAAUUAUCUGGGGCCUCGUUAGCCAAUUACCGGUAAAUGUUGGAAUUACUUUAUAAAUGAAAUCUGUAAUGUGAGGAGAGUAUUUGCCAACAGCUGCUCUCCUCAUGUUACCGAUUCAUUCAUAAAGUGAUUCCUAUGUUGCCACAUGUUCGGAAAGGCCACCGAGGGGUGGAACAUUAUACCUGUGGGCAACAGUACACGUGUUGGUAAUUAACAUAGGAAUCGACAAAAAAAAACACCUCGAGGUUAAAGCAGAUUUUUCUGCACAGAUUCACAACGCAGCCCACUUGGCGACCUGACACACAUACACAAUCUCAUGGCCCGCAUUAACCUUCAAGGUUUACUGCAGUAUAACCCCUCUUAUCUCAGUUUUCUAUUAUAUUAAUUUUGUACGGAUUCAUUAUCUUUCUUUGUUUUUAUCCCCUUGUUCAUACGUGAUGAGUGACCAAAAUUUGUUUACAUUAGUCAGGAGCCUAUGUUACAGCAUAUGAAGAAUCUUACUCUUUAUUUUAGUUACUAUUGUACAGUAUUUGAUCCUCCUCACCAUUUGUCAAAUGUUGAAAAUUUCUUUUGAUUCGAAUGAUGUAAGUAGUACAAGUAAUACAAUCACGACUUGACUGUCAUAAGAUACAAGACUAUGUAAUAACAGAAAGCUGGUGCAUAGGGGGCUAGAGAGCCAUUAUCACACAGACAUUAUUUGAUAAGUUGAACUUAAUUCAAGAAAAGUAAUCUGAAAUUAAAGUACCUGGAAUAAAAGCAAAUACUGUAUAACAUUAAAUAAGUUUUCUGUUCAUAGUAUUCAUUAAACACAUUUCACACAUCUAACAUAAUCUAAAUAAAAGUUGAUUAGGAACUGUUUCUUUUCUUCUUCUUUUUUAUAAUUACCCAAAAGGACGGCAGGUGGAAUACUUACUACCCACGCCACACACUGAGUGACUCGCGACUCCACUGAUCUAACAACCACUUUAUAUAGGAAUUUUUCCCAAGAAUAUGAUAUGUACCAGAGCCUCGUUUUACAAGUACGUACAGUAUCAUGAUAUGUGUUCAGUGAGGCAGAAAUUGGGAAGAAUAGCAUUAAUCCUUACCCUUAACUAGUAACAAAGGAUUCCCCACUUCCCCCAAAGGCACAAAAGGAAUGCAAAGAACAUGAAACUUCCGCUGAUGAUGGUUGUUGUUUAGGGUUAAGAAACGGAUAGGGAGUCUUAACACUAUACUGUACUAUGUAGUGGAGGCAUAAAGAGGUUCUCUGUGCAUAUAAGUAACCAAAGAAAUGUAACAUAAGAUCCGUAACAUAAGAUCCGUAACAUAACGAAGGAGGUUAUCCACUCUCCUAUGGCAGUGCCUCCGAUGAUUCAAUGUGACCAAUAAUCUCUGAUAUUAAACUGUGUACAAUUUUGUUUUAAUUUUCAAAGAGCCAAAUAUCCUGUGGCCAAAACUUUAAUACUCUUUACUUGUAGUUCAAAAUUAACUGUACUUCCAUUAGUGAUAAUAGUUCUCUGUGUGUGGUAAUGGUGUUGAUAUAUUUUUUAAAACUGCAUGACAGUAGUACAUGUUGUAAUAUACAGUACAUAGUGUAAAGUUAGGUCAUUAUACAGUUGUUGGACAGUUGGGGUCGAAAGUUCGCUCACUCCCAAACUGAAACAGCAUUGACCCUAGAUGAGAUGAAUCAGCACACCUGCACCAGAUGACAGUCAGGAUACUGUGUGUCACUUUGGAGAUUCAUUCCCGUGAAUUAGUUUCACUACAGGGAACGAACUUUUGUCUGCAACUGUACCUCAUAUUGUGACCAUAUUUACUAACUCACUCCUCAAUCUGGUAUAACCACUAAAAUUAUAGUGUAUUGAUGAAUAAUUAUGAUAAUAAAUAUAUGAUCAUAUGUACAAAGAAUACUGUGUAAGAUUCUACAGAACUCUUAUUAUUUUCUUUGCAAUUGUUUUACAAACAUCUGGGUUAAUGUUUAUUUCUUAAAGGAUUUGUUCCUCAAGACAUUCUGAAUAUUAUUUGUAGAGACAGAUAUAUAGUCAAUUAUAACAUUAAGUUCACUAAAAAUAAUUUCCAGUUUACACAACAGUGAAACCUUCGUCUCAUGGACUUUUAAUAUACUGUAAUGGAUAAGCUGUUGUCAGUUAGAUGGGGUUUCACAUGUAACGGACCGAAGAUCUAAUGGACUUCCCUCUCCAUAUACUGUACGUAGUCUGUUAGAUGGAUGUUUUAUUGUGCACUUUUUUUAGGGACUGUAUAUUCAUAUAGAGUUAACUAAACAAAUACUAUUACUAUUUCAUGAAAUUCUUAUAAAUGUUAUGUACAGGUAUAUUUUUUAAAUUUAUUUUAGUGGUGUUAUAAGAUGCUUCACUUGUUUACAUUUUUCAUGCCCAAUACAGUACAGUACUUGCUAACAGUGUGCAACAGAGAUGUGACCUAUCAUCCAAGGAGCUAACAGGCUGAACAAUGACGAAGAGCAUAAAGCAAAAUAAAGUAAAAGACGAAAGUAGACACUUGCAGUAAGCACGAGUAAUCUUCAACCCAAUUUAUUUCACCUUAAGCUUAGCAAACCUAACCUACACUCUAACUGUCUCAAGCAACAUUUAGGUAUUUAAUCACCAGAUGAAAUAAACUAGGGGCUAAUCAUCAUGUAAUCUCUUCCACUUUGGUACUUUAUAGAUUUCUUUUCGUUCUUCAAGACCCAUUUCACCCUGGCAGACUCCCUGCAACAAAGAUGAACCAAUCUACACCUGUAUUGAUUAUAUUGAUAAAGGAGUAAUUAUGUUUGAAUACUGUAAUUUCUUGUCAGACUUAAUUUAAUAGAAUCUCCUCAUAUCAAAUAUACUUUUAAAUAGUGUUGGUUAUUUCUAUAUGUUAGGUAAAGGUGUUAAUUUCAUAAUGUCAUAGUCUGGAAAGUGUAUCUUGUAGCAUCACUAAAACAAAUUGAAGAAAAUGUUUCACAAAGAACUUCUACACACAGGCCCUCCAAUAUCCUCUCUGUCACUUAUUGUUCACAGGUACAGUAAAUAUCGUCAGGUUUAGUAGACUUAUAUACAAUAAUUUAUUUCCUGAAUAGACUUUGUACAGCUGCACUUUAGAAUUAGAAUUUUAUACUUUUUCACCAUUUCCAAAUCCGUGUUUGUGUGCUAUAGUCACUAAUAUACUGUAUACCAGUAUAUAUAUAUAUAUAUAUAUAUAUAUAUAUAUAUAUAUAUAUAUAUAUAUAUAUAUAUAUAUAUAUAUAUAUAUAUAUAUAUAUAUAUAUAUAUAUAUAUAUAUAUAUAUAUAUAUAUCCCAAACACAGCAUUGGUGUUCAGAAAGCUACUGUUAUCAUACUAAAAUGAAGCUUAAUGUAGUGAAGGACUGGUUUCUCUUUCUUUCUUUUUUCACAAUGGACUGAAAAUAUCAUAGUUAUCCACACUGACAAGUAAUAGAAAAUGUAACCUUAAGAUAUUAAUUAUGUUCCAUGUAAGAGCCUCUUAUAGUUAUCCUCAGUCAGUCAAGUUAUUAAGGUGAUGGGAAGGAAUUCAGAUAUCUAUUUUCAUAUGAUUUUAACACAAAGAUGAGAUAUUAUUACCCAGUGUGGAAAAAUACACAAAGAUAGGUAAAAGAGUUUGGUUUACUUUAACUUUAUGAGAUUUUUAGUGUGACGAAUAUUGCAUAGUAAAAUAGUUAGAAUAAGAAUCCAAUACUGCCUCUUAACACGGUUGAUAUUGUUGAUUGAUAAAGAAUAGAUAAUUAGAAAAUAAAUUCCUGAGGUUGUAGUGGAACAAAUAAUUCCUCACUUUAUAUCAUUCUCGUAAGUGUAAUGUUACAAGUGCCGGUUUGAUCACUGUAUGCAUAUAUACAGUACAUAUUAUGUGAACGUUAUGUGGAUUAGCCAGAUGUGUACAAUGUGUAUAUUGUGAUUAUUACAGUGUAUCUAUGUGUAUAUGGUAUGUAAAAUUGGUGUAUAUAUGGUGUGUACAUACAGUAUAUGACUUGUUACAAAAUAUUUGUCAGUAUAAAAUAUACGUAUAUAAUACAAGGCUCCUUCAAGUUCUUUAGGAAACAUUUAGUUGUGCAUGUUGCACUCAGAAAGUUUAUCUGUACAUACAGGGGGGUAUACUAAAUAAUCACAUUUUUACCACAUAGGGAAGAAGGAGCCAUAUUUAGGAUCUCAUAAUGAGUUAUUUUGUAAUCUUUACAUAGAAUUUAGAUACAGUUCUUGACAUAAUAUGAGGAGUUUACAAUAGCAAGGAUGUAUCACCUGGUUUCUCAAUUUUCAAUUUUCUAUGUCUGUUUUUAGCAUGUUUUCUUUUAUUACACUGCCAGGCAAUGUGGAUACAUACACCCCCAGCAUGGUGCAGUUCCCAUAAGAAUAAAAGGGCAGAAAAUAUACGAUAUAGCCUAAAAAUUGAGUUAAGUUGAGAUAUUCAAACUUACUCUCUAUCUGUUCUAUAUGCCUUAUAUAAAUGGUUUCCUUAUACAUAUUGUACUGAACAUUUUAUUUUGUAAAGAAUCUGUCCUUGUUGUUGGUGGGUCUUGGCACAGUGUGUGAGUCCGAUGUGAGACACGAUGUAACUUAUGGAGCAGUGGCGGACUGGGUCAAAAAUUUAUACCGGGAAAACUUGUAAAAGGACCCACUCAAAAGGGUCUAAAAGGGCCCACUUAAUCCCAAAACGUAGUCAAAGGAACCAUCACUUUGGGUCCCACCGGGAAAUUUCUCGGUAUCCCGGUGGGCCAGUCCGCCACUGUUAUGGAGUAUCGUUAUGAUAUAUAUGUUUUAUAUUUAGUAUUGAUGAUGUUCAUAAUAACAAACUGUAUACAGUAGAGCUCUCAUUUACUGUAAAGAUGAGGGAUGACUACUUACAGAUUAUAAUUAAUGUUUGCAGAUAACUGAUGCCAUGUAAUGAUCAACUAGAAACACAAGGAUGAUAAAUAUAACAUGUUGACAAACCCAAUGAAAGCUUCAAAUCUC